AUGCCUGCGCCCGCAACCCCACAGCCCCGCCUGCGCCACGGCGCCACGGCGCUCCCGCUCCUCCUGACGGCUCUCGCCACCGCCCUCGCCUGCCACCACCUGCGUCCCCGCGACGCCACCUUCGCCUGGGACAGCCUCCAGCUCCUCCAGGCCCUGGCUCCCAGCCCGCCACAGCCCUGCCACCACCACCAGCACGCGCCCUUCUUCCCCGACACCCUCCUCCACACCAACCACCCACAGCAAGCCGCCGCCACCGCCCUCCACAUCCUCCAGCACCUCCUCACCACCCUCAGCAGCCCCAGCACCCCCCAACACUGGGACGACCAGGCACGCCACCACCUCCUCAACCACCUCCAGCGCUACAUCCGACACCUGGAGCAAUGCCUGCCAGCCAGCGGGACGCUCUUCGGAAGGCACGGGCCCCGCAACCGGCUGCUCACCAUCGCCAAAUACUUCGGGCGCAUCCAGGACUUCCUGCACACCCACAACCACAGCGCCUGUGCCUGGGACCACGUCCGCCUCGAAGCUCGCGCCUGCUUCCAACACCUCCACAACCUCACCCGCACCGUGCGCAGUUAG